GAAAAUGUUAGAAGUUUUCCCAUUGUUUUUUAUAAAUGCAAGCACCCUGCGCACAGAUAAGGCAUUAGUUUGCCUGGAACACAACGUUAAACAUGUCGAAGACCAAUCAAGAUCGAAAACUAAAGCACCUCUUCGAUGGAGGCGACUGGAAUGUUUACCAACCCGACAUCCUCAAUCUCGGCGUGGGUGCUCCGGGCACCGAUCUCCUGAGCUCCAACUGCGACAACUUCAGAAGGGCCACAGAUCAUUGUCUGGAACGUGAAAAGCGGGAAAAUCAGUCACUGAUUUUUCAAUAUGGUCCUACAAGUGGUACUUUUGAGGUGCGCCGUGAGAUAGCCACCUACUUCACCGAAAUGUUUGAAAGCCCCAUGAACUGUGAGGAUCUAAUGAUUACGACGGGCGCUACACAGGGCCUCCACCUAAUUCUCUCCACGAUGAUAGACUUGCAGGGUUUUGUAUUCGUCGACGAGUACUCCUACAUGAUUGCUUUGGACAGUAUAAAGCACUUUACUAGCUUGACCAUAGUGCCUGUAAAGCUAAACGAUGAUGGAGUGGAUCUAAAAGAUCUUGGGGAACAGGUUUCCAAGAGACGUUUCCAUUCUGAAAAGAAGGAGUUUUGGGGAAUGUACUAUACGAUCCCUACUUAUCAUAACCCAACGGGGAUUUUGUUUUCGCCAGAGGUUUGUCGUGGAAUUGUGCAACUGGCCCGCAAGUUUGACUUCCUGGUGGUCUGCGAUGAUGUCUAUAACAUCCUUCACUAUGGCGAAAAACCGACCCACUCCCGCCUGAUGUCCUUUGAUGAUCGAAAGGACGCCGACUUUGCAGGUCAUGUCAUUUCCAAUGGCAGUUUUUCGAAGAUUCUGGGUCCUGGAGUUCGCGUGGGUUGGCUGGACAUGCCGCCACGCCUUAAACCCAUCCUGGAUGGCAGUGGAUUUGCAAACAGCGGUGGAUGCUUCAACAAUUAUACGUCUGAGAUUGUCGGAAGUCUCUUCGAACUGAAGCUAGCCCAAAGCCAGAUAGCUGUAUUCUAUGAGGCCUACAAGAAGCGAAUGCUGGCCACCACGCAGGUUCUGCGGGAUGAACUGCCAGAGUGCUGUAAGCUAGUAAGUCCCACUGGGGGAUACUUCAUCUGGGUGCGAAUCCCCGAUUGCCUGGAUUCCCGAGAGUUCCUCAAGUACUGCCUGGAGCAUCAGAAGAUUUACUUUAUAGCUGGGCCGCGUUUCUCUGUCGAUGGACAGUCGGGUAAGCAGUUUUUCCGAUUGUCCAUCGCCUUCUAUCCCAAGGAGAAGCUGGUGGACGGAGCCAAGAGGCUCUGCGAAGCUCUAAAAGAUUAUAUAUCCACCCAGAAGAUCCCCCAGAGCGUAUCUUAGUAUGGCAAAAUAUUUUUAUUAAUAUGGUUGCUAUCGCUCUUUAUAUAUGACUUAUAAAAAUGUGACUUGGCACUAAACUACUUAUCAAGACGUUAUCUACUACAUAAAGAGAUAUAUGAUAUA